UAGCUCCAUUGUACCAUUUAUUUGUUUUAAAAAAACAAUAAAUACAUAAAUCGAAAUGUCGAAAGCACAUCCACCAGAGCUUAAAAAAUACAUGGACAAGCGCAUGAUGCUAAAGUUAAAUGGCGGCCGCGCAGUCACCGGCAUCUUGCGGGGAUUUGAUCCAUUCAUGAACGUUGUGCUUGACGACACCAUCGAAGAGUGCAAGGACAACACCAAGAAUAGCAUCGGAAUGGUGGUAAUUCGCGGCAACAGCAUUGUCAUGGUCGAAGCCCUAGAUAGAGUCUGAUCCUUGGAGUACUUUAGCAUACCUCAGCAUUGUCCACCAGUGGGUAAUGAGUUAAAUGUAAACUAUUUAACAUACGCACUAGUCCUAAGGCUCUAAAACAUAACAUUCGUGAACACUUGUGUUCAUCAAAUUUAAAUAAAUUUAUUAU